AUGGCGUCAAAUCAAGGUGGAUACACACCAAGAGGUAGCAGUCAUCAAAAUGUCGUGGCUUUUAACUAUCAACCUCCAUUACCUCCAAAAGAACCUAUAAAUAAUUAUGAAGAAAAUGCUGAUAGAAAAAUUGAAGAACAAACAUCUACAAUUACAAGAAAUAUCGAAUUAACAAGAGGGAAUUUGGUGAUAGAUUGUCCCGUACCUGUUCGAGAACUAUUUUCGGGUGUUCCUUACGAUGACAAACCAGAAUUUACAAGUAUAAGGUAUACCGCCUGCACAUGUGAUCCGGAUGAUUUCAAGGACAGAGGAUAUACACUUCGUCAACCUCCAGAACAGAUAAGACUAUUAAUUGCAAUAACCAUGUACAACGAAAAUGAAGUUCUAUUAUCUCGCACUCUUUAUGGAAUCACACAAAAUAUUAGACAUAUUUGUACUAAACGGAAUAAUCCAAACGCAUGGAGAGAGGUUGUUGUAUGCAUAAUUUCUGAUGGUCGUAGGAAUGUCAGUCAACGCGUCUUAGCUUAUCUAGCAGUCCUUGGUGUUUAUCAAGAUGGCAUUAUUCAAACUAGUGUAAACGAUAGAGCCGUUAGUGCGCAUCUAUUUGAGUAUACGACUCAGAUUGCAAUUGAUCCUUCUAUGAACAUAAAAACUGCAAGUGAUGGAAUUGUACCUGUUCAAAUCCUCUUUUGUCUUAAAGAAGAAAAUAAGAAAAAGAUCAAUUCUCAUCGUUGGUUCUUCAAUGCCUUUGGUUCAGUUCUCGAACCUGAAAUAUGUGUUCUGGUUGAUGUUGGUACUAAACCAGGAUAUAAUUCUAUUAAUGAUUUGUGGAGAGCAUUCGAUAAUCCCUAUGUUGCAGGCGUUUGUGGGGAAAUAGUCGCCACUAAAGGCAAAGGAUGCGUUAAAUUAUUAAACCCAAUCGUGGGUGCUCAAAAUUUUGAAUAUAAAAUGUCUAAUAUUUUAGAUAAACCAUUUGAGUCUGUAUUUGGUUAUGUUACCGUUUUACCCGGUGCUUUCUCCGCUUAUAGAUAUAUUGCUCUUCAAAAUAUCAAAAGAGGCGAAGGACAACGUGAAGAAGGACCCCUUGCAUCUUAUUUCAAAUUCGAAACCGACAAUGAAGAUGGAAAUGCUCCUGUUGAAAGUAUCCUCACUGCUAAUAUGUAUCUUGCUGAAGAUCGGAUUCUUUGCUUUGAAUUGGUUACAAAGCGACAAAGUUCCUGGAUAUUGCGCUACAUAAAAUAUUCUCAGGCUGAAACGGACAUACCCGAAGAUCUACCCGAACUAAUCAGUCAACGAAGACGUUGGUUAAAUGGAACAUUCUUUGCUAGUUUUUAUGCUAUUACACAUUUUUAUUACAUUUUCAGAAGCGAUCAUUCCUUCAUUCGUAAAGGCUUAUUUUGUAUUGAGAUGUUUUACCAAGCACUUAAUCUUUUUUUUUCAUGGUUUGCCUUGGCCAAUUUUUACUUGGCUUUUUAUAUUUUAGGUUCUACUUUUCAAAACGAAUCCAAUAAUGGAGAUAUUGGCUUUCCAUCAGUUCCAUUAUCAGUUACAUCAGUCACAAAGUAUAUAUUUAUGACUCUGGAUUAUAUUUAUAGUGGAUUAAUUAUUAUACAAUUCAUCAUUUCCAUGGGCAAUAGACCACAAGGUUCUAAAUGGAUUCAUACUAUUUCAGCGAUAUUAUUUGGCGUUAUCAUGAUUUAUUUAACAUUUACAGGUGUUUGGCUCACAAUUGCUGCCAUUUCAACUUCUAUAGAGAAGGAUAAUGGUUUCAUUUUACAAAAUUUAAUUCAUGAUUUCGAAUCUAUUAGCAUUGUCAUUUCUUUAAUUGCUACAUAUGGCUUAUAUUUAAUUUCAAGUAUAAUGAUGCUUGACCCUUGGCAUAUGUUUACUUGUAUUAUACAAUAUACUUUGUUAAUACCAUUUUACAUUAAUAUUUUAAAUGUUUAUGCUUUUUGUAAUAUUCAUGAUGUCAGUUGGGGAACUAAAGGUCCUGCAGUUCGCGCAAAUAAUGCUAUUUUUGUGAGAGAUAAAGCCGGAAUUAUUAAAGCACAAGUUACAGUCCCUGAUGAGAAUAUUGUUAAAAGGGCACAUCAUGAAGCUUAUAAAGAAAUAAAUAGAAAAGAGCAUGAAGUAAAACGAAAGAAUCGAAAAGACAAACAAGAAGAUUCUCAAAAAACUUUUCGAACAUUGGUAUUAUUUUUAUGGAUUUUUACCAAUGCUUUAUUAAUAAUUGCUAUUAGAAGUGAUAUUUUGGAUUUAAUUAUGUAUAAACAAGAAACUCAGGAUUCAAAACUUACGAGAUUUAAAGCUUAUGUGUUAUUUAUUUUUUGGUCUAUCACUGGACUAACUGAUAAUGCUACGUAG